AUGAUGUUCACCUUCCAGACCAGCCAGUCCUCUCCACCAGGGCAGGUACUUCGAGGACCGAGGCCGAAACGCGUCAAGAUCAACGUCGCCUGCAAUGUUUGCAAAGCUCGCAAGACGAAAUGCGAUGGUGCCAGACCAAUAUGCGGGCCUUGUGCGAAACGGAAAGGAGCUUCGCCGGAUUGUGUAUAUCGGGAGACUGAUAGCGGGGAUUCUCCGGUUGUGACAGCCAUAGACCGCACAGAGCAGUCAGGGGAUAUGAGUGAACGUCCAAUGAAUGACCUCCCAACGGAUGACAAUGAUCGGGCAAGCUCGUAUGUACCGAGUGGUAGUCUUUUUGGCGCAUCCGGUGGAGUACAUAUCCUACCGGAAGGCACUCCUCGGAACACACAAGAAAACAGCAGUCGAGGCUUGCCCAAAGCGCUCAAACGACUGCCACGGUUACAGAGACAAGCCCCACGAAAAGCACCUGAUUUGCAGUAUUCCAUUCCCCCACGAAAGGUGGCUGAUAUCCUCUUCAAUCUGUACUGGGACUAUGUUGACAGCGCCUACCCCUGGCUGGAUCGGCCGGCCAUUGAAAGCGCAUACGAGACUCUAUGGGUGAAAGAUGGAGAACCGGCGAUGAAUGAGAGGGUUCUGCAUUGCUUAUUGAAUCUGAUGUUUGCUACAUCGUGUGUUGCCUCUCAGGGCGAGCCCCCCCUCUCCCGCGAUCACUCUUCGCCCGUCUUCUUCACCAGAGCCCAAGAGUUGAUGACCUACGACGUGAUGGAAAUGUACAACUUCGAAAUCAUCCAGAUCCUCUUGCUCACGGCGGUAUAUCAACAGCACGAGAGAGAGCCCCAGAGAUGCUUCCGAAAUAUUGGAAUGGCCAUUCAUAUUGCCCAGGAGCUGGGGUUACAUAUUCCUGAAACGACAGAGGCGAUGGAGAAUCCAAAGGAGCGGGACCUAGCCCGUCAGGUUUGGAAUGGAUGUGUGAUUUUGGACAGAAUCUGUUCCAUGACCUUCGGGUGCGCCCUUAAAAUCCCCCAAUCAGUUGCCAAAAAAGGGCUGAACGCCCUGACCCUGCCCAGCGAUACUGCCAACAUAGCACUACCAUCCAAAGUCAACUUCUAUAUCUCAUUCUGUCGACUGCACUACAUCAUCGGAGACGUUCUGGAAACCUUCUACAUCGUCGGCGAUACCAAGACAGAGCAAAGCUCAUCACUCUUCGACAAAUUUGCGAGCCUGUUUCGAAUUGACUCCGCGCUGAACGAUUGGGCCCGUAGCCUCCACCCUUUCUUCCAAAUGCCGUCGGAUGCUGAAGACCCGACGCCUACCAAGCAUAUCACUCGGGAGGCGAAUGUUCUACGUGCCCGGUACCUGUCUGUCCGACUCCUCCUUUUCAGACUUCUGCUGUUACAAAUCCACCAACAAAGACCAGAGAAUCCCCCAGGCGGUUUGUAUACAGACGACCAGAUCAUGCCUCAUGUCGUCUUCCAGUGCCAAUUGAACUGCACCAAAGCUGCCGCCGAUAUGAUUGAGUUCAUCGGCCGAAACUCACCAGAGCAAAAACAAGCCUACAUCCUACCAUCUCAUUGGUACACUGUCUCAUAUGUAUACAUGGCUGUAACGAAUUUGCUGGCAGCCAAAUCAUCCCCACAGAUAGUCGAGUACUUCUCAGAUGCUCGUCUGCAGGACAUCUUGCAGCAGGCUCGCGACAUUCUCAAAGAUCAUGAAGAACAUCCUAUCUUGGCCUCGAGGUGUAGCUCGGUUCUCAAAUUGAUAGCAGACUAUGCCCCGGGGGAAGUGUCCGUGGGUGACCAGGACCAAACAUUCAUGCAGGAUCUAGCCAUGGAUCGACAAGACCCUCAACCCAUCUCGUAUAGCUUGGCGAUGGGUGAGCAAUAUUCGUUCGAUUGGAACGACUGGCCCAUGUUCUUUGCGCAGUUAAAUGGCGAUACCCCAGCCGGAAGCUGGGAGUUAGAGGAUAACCUCUAUCCAGAGCAUUGA